AUGCCGAAAAAUCGAAAAAGAAAUGGGGAGUUAGUGGACGGCUGGUUUAUGAGAAAGAAAAAGAAUAUUCCCUCGUUGAAUGAGUCGAUAUUCUAUUGUAUCGAAAGAAGCACGAAAUAUCAGUGUCCUGCCGCUUACGGAGUUUCUAACACUACGGGGGCGGUUCGCUUAAUUCGGCCGCAUAUUAACCAUGAAAAGGAUAAAUUGGCGAACAAUGUAAAUCUGGGUCGUCAGCAUUUAAAAGAAAAUGCAAAUUCUGGAACUGUUCGCGAAGUCAUUGAUGAUAUGAGAUUUACAUUUGGAACCGAUACUUCUAUGAUGAUGGGCGAUUAUAACGCCAAAAGACGACUUGUUCAUUAUGAGAAAUCACAAUCGAAUUCCGAGAAAAAAUUGAUCGAUAGUGGUGGAAAAAUUAAAGGACAAUUCGCAGAAACUAUGAGAAAAACUCGAUUUUUGCUAUUCGACGAAGAAGUCAAUGGAAAACGAAUGAUUGCAUUUGCAUCGGAUGAGGGAUUGGAGAUUUUAUCAAAUGGAAAUGUGUGUUUUGUUGAUGGAACUUUUGAUUCUGCUCCAAAAUCCUUCACCCAGUUGUUCAGUAUUCAUUGUUACAUAUCAGAGGAUGUCGUUCGCCCCGUGUUUUUUUGUCUUCUUCCAGACAAAACGCUGACGACGUACACCUCAAUGCUGACACUAUUAAAAAAUCGUCCUGAAUUGACAAAUUGGGCUCCCGCAAUGAUUAUUUGCGACUUCGAGACUGCUAUUCAUUCUGCAUUCAAGGACAAAUUUCCAAAUGUUGUGAUUUCUGGAUGUUUGUUCCAUUUGGUUCAAAGUUGGCGGAGACAGGCCGAGAAAUUGAAUGUUUAUAAUUCGUUCGUUGACGGAGAAUUUGAAGAAUUCUGGCAGCUUCUGAAGACUUUGCCUUUUCUCGACGAGUUUGACAUCCCCGAUUAUUUCGAUGCGAUCUUAGAACAUUGUGUUCCUUUAGUGAUUUCUCCAGAUAUGAAGAAUUAUAUCAACUAUCUGGUCAAGAACUAUGUUGGAGAUGCCGCCCCACCGCGAUUCCAACCCCGUUUAUGGUCGUGCGCUGUUCGAACGGCAAGUAAUAUCCAUCGAACCACUAACACCGUCGAAACGUGGCACCGGCUCCUCCAAUCUGUUGCAACUAUGCACAAUGGUUUUUCGUCUAUCAAAUUGUCGGAUUUGCUGGAGAAACUUCAAAAGGAAGAGCGACAUACGUAUUUGGAUUAUAAUGAACUGAAAGUGAAUCCAAACUUUUUGGUGAACAAAGCUCGAAAAACGUCUAAUGUCAUGAAGGACAAAAAACUGAAAAAUGUCAUUGAGAACAUUCCAGUUAUCCCAAGAGCGCCACUAUCCGGAAUUGCAUAUUUGAAGGCUAUUUUCUACGCAAAAAAAACAUAA